UGAGUUAGUAUGGUGGAGGAGGAAGGUGAUGUGGAUGAGGAGGAUGUGUUCCUGGCAUUUGCCCAGGGACCUUGUCCUCCCAGGAGUCCCCUGCGUCGGGCCUUGGACAAGGCCUUCAUUAUCUUCCUGGCCCUCAUCCUCACACUACUGACACUGGAGGCUGUUUGUAGGCUACUGUGGCUGCUGCCAUGGGCAAAGUUUGGGGACUGGCUCCUGAGAACACCUCAGAAGGAGGAGGAGCUGGAAUUGUGA